AUGGCUGGAGCUAAAGUCAAGCCCUCUUACGAAGAUUUUGAACCCUAUUGCAAAUGGGGAAUAGAAGCUGGACAGAACACUCUCGAGGUUCAUCUCCAUGUUGAUCAGCAGGUUGAGAUGGCUAAGAUUUGUUUCAAAAAGGAACAGUUGAGGGUUCAACUCAGCAGUCUUGGAAACAUGACAAUUACUGGGGAGCGUCGUGUGGACGAAAGUAGAUGGACCCGUUUUCGCAAAGAAAUCAAGGUUCCUAAGGAAUGCAACAAUUAUGAAAUUCGUGCAAAGUUGUCUGGUGGCAUUCUUUACAUAGUCAUGCCUAAGAAAACGACACCACCUUCCUCUCAAGACCAAGUUACACCACGAGGCGGAAAUCAAGAAAACGAACAAACAAAAGCCAGGAUCAAUCAAGAUGACGUUACCAAGGACACUGUAAACCAAGAAUUAGACACAAUGCUCGCCAUUAGGCCAACAAACUGUACAAUGCAGCUGCAAGAUGGGGUUUCUAGGCUUAAAAUGAGAAAAAAGAUGGCUAUUAAUGUAGCCGUAGCAGUUGUUGUGAUGGUUAUACUUGUUGCAUUUGUAAUAUACAAACAUCGUUAG